AAAAGAAAUGGAAAUUGCAAUGGCGUCCAAGAUAGCAACGAGACCAACAAAUUCGCAAUUUCACCAACUUGGAAUUCCCAAGCAGUUUUCUGUUGGAAGCUCAAUCGGAUUUGUUACAAUUAUUCCAGCCACAAACACAUUCAACUUCCAAACUGCAAAAUGUUUCCUAUUUACCAGUUCUCAAAGAAGAGAUGUCGGACUGAGAAACUUUAUCUGUGAAGCUGGUCCAGGUUUGGAGACAUCAGUUGCAGAUUCAGGAGAUGCAAUAAGCGUGAAGAAGGCAGAGAUUGUUGUGGAGACUCAAGAUAAUGACAAGAUGCAAGUAAGAGUGGACUUAACCGGGAACGAGACACAGAGAGUGUUUGACCUGGUUUUAACAAAUUUGGCUAAAACAGCACCUCCGAUCCCAGGAUUUCGCAGACAAAAAGGAGGGAAAACAACUCAGGUUCCAAAAACCUUCUUGUUAGGGAUACUGGGUGAAGAACGAGUGACCAAGUUUGUCAUAGAAGAGAUAGUGACCUCAACCAUGGCUCAAUAUGUAAAGAAGGAAGAUCUGAAAGUAAAAGACAACAAAAUCAACACUACUCAAUCAGCAGAAGAACUCAAAUCGUCGUUUAAACCUGGAAGUGACUUUGGAUUCAAUGCCAUCAUUGAGCUUCAAAAUUCAGAAGUUGAGACGCCCAGCUAGCUAAAUUACUAACUUUGAAUUACACCUUAUGCUGAUUUCCUCUCUUGAAGCCAUGUAAAAACAUGUGUACGUUUCCUACAAAUUCUAUAGGCGUCUGAUUUUUAUUCUUGAAAGAGUUUUCUACUAUUAAGUUUCAAAAUGCCAAAAUGAAACUGACAACUUGAGUUCAUUAAGAAUUCCUAUUGUCAAAUCUCAAAGAUUUGCCAAUAUGUACGUGUGUUUACACUAUCAUUAUGACUGAGAAUGCACG